CUCCUUACACCGAUUCAUCCAUCCCCGCAAGGGCCGCCCGUUCGGCUCCUUGUCGCGUCCUCGGUAGGACAGAAAGUUCCACGCCGAUUCCCAAACCUCGGAAAGUGAUCGGAAGCAUGAGCGAUGGCCCCAAACUCUUCACCAACAAGCCUAGAAAAGCACAGCUGAAGCACAAAACUGAAGCGGGUCGUCCGCCUUCUCAGCCUUCCAUGGAUCCCCCACGACCACCGGAAACACCACCACCACCACCAUCGUCCGCUCAGGUUCCUAAGGAGACAGCUGCUCGUCGCUACAAGUUUGUUUGGCCUGUUCUAUUGGCGGUGAAUGUUGCAAUUGGAGCUUACCUGUUCCUGAAUGCAAACAAGAAAGAUGAAAAGGAGGAAGCUGAAGUAGUUGGUGGGGCUCCGGCUUCAAGUGCCAGUGCAACUGUUGCAGUUCCAGAGAAGACAUUACCUCCAGAACCUACUAUAGUGCCAGCUAUUAUUCCACGGGAGCCAAUACCAGAAGAUGAACAGCGCAAACUGUUGAAGUGGAUGUUGGAAGAGAAGAGGAAGGUGAAGACGAAGAAUCCAGAGGAGAAGAAGCGCAUAGACGAAGAGAAGGCCAUCCUUAAGCAAUUUAUCCGUGCUAAGUCCCUCCCUACCAUUUGACUGACAUUGGUUUCUAGAUUUUCUCGAGUCUGCAUGUCAGCAUGUGCACAUAAACAUGUGUGUUGAUUAUGAAUCCAUUUAUGUGUGUUGAUUAUGAAUCCAUUUAUGCUGCUGAACAUGAAAAAUUUUCUCAUUUUGGUGCAUGUAAAUACAUGCUUGGUUUGUUCUUGGUUCAGAAAACAUUAUGUGGCAAGAGUUGGUUUC